AUGGUUCGACGAGCUCGAUUCCCUUCUCGGGACUCUGAUGAUUCAGACGGAUCCGAGGAGAUUGAUUCGGGAUCGGAGUAUGAGAGUUCAGGCCACAGUACAGACGGAUCGGAAAGCACAGGAAGUCUGGAUGAUUUCGUCGUUUCCGACUCGGACAAUGAUCUUGGCGACAUCCAGGUGUUUGGCGUCGACGGCCAUGACGGGAUCGACGACACACCAUCCGACACGGCAGAAAGAAUACCACAGGGUGAUUUGAAUACUGAGCAGGACAUCGGCCCAGAUGCAUUAGCUUCUCUGUCCAAGGCUUUUGGGAAGCUACAAGAUGCACUUGUCUUAUUGAAGACAACUAUAAACAGUCUGGAAGCCGAGCGCAAGCCAUAA